AUGCCUGCAUCUACUCGUCGAACUCGGCGUACUCGCCGUGAGCGAAGUCGCUCGCCUGCACCAGCAGCUAGUCCUGUUCGAGAACGACUCGCAAGUGAGGCUAUCCCGGAUGUCAGUGUGAAUGUUAAGCUCGACGUUGUUCUCAAUGCUUGCUACUAUGUUGAUCUCGAUCUGAGGUUGAGCUACUUCUGA